CUCUCUCUCUCUCUCUCUCUCUCUCUCUAGAGCGGCAACGCUCCCGCCCUCUCUAGACGAAACUGUCGACUCGACUCGACUCUAGAGAGAGAGAGAGAGAGAGAGAGUUCCAGAGCAUUCCCUGCGGUGCGCACAAAAGCAGAGAGAGAGAGAGAGAGUUCCCAAACCCCAAAUCCCCAAAACCCUAGAGAGAGAGAGAGAGAGAGAGAGAGAGAGAGAUGCUGCUCCUCCGCGCCGCGCGCCGCCGAGACCUCGCCUCGCCGCUCGCCACCCUGACCGCCAACGUCCAAUCAACAUAUGCUGCUGCAAAUGUGUGCUCCAGAUGGGGUACUUUUGCAAGAGCUUUCAGUGCAAAGCCAAUUGGAAAUGAGGUUAUUGGAAUUGAUUUGGGAACGACCAACUCAUGUGUCGCGGUUAUGGAGGGAAAGAAUGCAAAGGUGAUUGAGAAUUCAGAAGGCGCCAGGACUACACCGUCAGUUGUUGCUUUUUCUCCGAAAGGAGAGCUACUCGUGGGAAUUCCAGCCAAGCGGCAAGCAGUGACCAACCCACAGAACACCUUCUUUGGCACAAAGCGUAUGAUUGGGCGUCGCUUUGAUGACCCACAAACACAGAAGGAGAUGAACAUGGUACCAUAUAAGAUUGUGAAGGCUCCCAAUGGAGACGCUUGGGUUGAAACCACAGAUGGCAAGCAGUACUCGCCGAGCCAGAUUGGUGGGUUUGUGCUGACCAAGAUGAAGGAGACAGCUGAAGCUUACCUUGGCAAAUCUAUUUCCAAGGCUGUCAUUACAGUUCCAGCUUACUUCAAUGAUGCUCAGAGGCAGGCCACCAAGGAUGCCGGCCGUAUUGCUGGACUUGACGUCCAAAGGAUCAUCAAUGAACCAACUGCUGCUGCUCUGUCUUACGGAACAAACAACAAGGAGGGCCUGAUUGCUGUAUUUGACCUUGGAGGAGGAACCUUUGAUGUCUCGAUUCUAGAGAUCUCCAAUGGAGUGUUUGAGGUCAAAGCAACAAACGGCGAUACUUUCCUGGGUGGAGAAGACUUUGACAAUACUCUGUUGGGGUUCUUAGUGAGCGAGUACAAAAACACUGAAAAUAUUGAUCUGUCAAAGGAUAGAUUGGCCCUGCAGAGACUGCGUGAAGCAGCUGAGAAGGCGAAAAUCGAGCUCUCCUCAACUACCCAGACUGAAAUCAAUCUUCCCUUCAUCACUGCUGAUGCCAGUGGAGCAAAACAUCUGAACAUCACACUGACAAGAUCAAAAUUUGAGUCUCUGGUGAAUGGUCUGAUUGAGAGGACCAGAGAGCCAUGCAAGAGCUGCUUGAAGGAUGCCGGCAUAACCACCAAGGAUGUUGAUGAGGUCCUCCUCGUCGGUGGAAUGACAAGGGUUCCAAAAGUGCAGGAGAUAGUCUCUGAGAUCUUUGGCAAGGCCCCCAGCAAAGGAGUCAACCCAGAUGAAGCUGUGGCCAUGGGUGCUGCUAUUCAGGGUGGCAUUCUCCGUGGAGAUGUGAAGGAGCUUCUUCUCCUUGAUGUUACCCCGCUGUCACUUGGUAUUGAGACUCUAGGUGGUAUCUUCACCAGACUGAUUUCCAGGAACACUACCAUCCCCACCAAGAAAAGCCAGGUGUUCUCAACCGCCGCUGACAACCAGACGCAAGUGGGCAUCAAGGUGCUGCAAGGCGAGCGCGAGAUGGCAACAGACAACAAGCUCCUGGGCGAGUUCGACCUGGUGGGCAUCCCGCCCGCGCCGAGAGGCACGCCCCAGGUGGAGGUGACGUUCGACAUCGACGCCAACGGCAUCGUGACGGUGUCGGCCAAGGACAAGGCGACGGGCAAGGAGCAGCAGAUCACGAUCCGGUCGUCGGGCGGCCUGUCGGAGGCGGAGAUCCAGAAGAUGGUGCAGGAGGCGGAGGUGCACUCGCACAAGGACCAGGAGCGCAAGGCCCUGAUCGACGUGCGGAACACAGCGGACACCACCAUCUACAGCGUGGAGAAGAGCCUGGGCGAGUACCGGGACAAGGUCCCCGCGGAGGUGGUGUCGGAGAUCGAGUCGGCCGUCGCGGACCUCCGUGCUGAGAUGGCCUCGGACGACGCCGAGAAGAUCAAGGCCAAGAUGGACGCGGCCAACCGGGCCGUGUCCAAGAUCGGGCAGCACAUGUCUGGCGGUGAGCCGGGGUCGCAGCAGGGUGGUGGUGGUGGCGACGAGGCCCCGGAGGCGGAGUACGAGGAGGUGAAGAAGUGAGUCUCGACUGCGUUACUUACUUGUAGAGGCAAUCUUGUGAUUGAUGUUAGUUACUCGUGAGAUGAGACCUGGGCUGCGUUAGGUAGUUUUGUGGUGCUCUGCUGAAGGUGGUAGGUUAAGAGGAUUACGUACGUACGUGUGUGUGUGGUGUAAUAUAAGUUUCCUGUGUGUUUUUGUCUGUGGUAAUGAAGAAACGUGGUAGUAAUUAAGCUGCCUGUUACCCA